AUGCCCCCGGGAGAAGGGGGAUGCGGGGGCGUGGGGGGCUGCGGGCAGGAAGUCCCCGGGAACUACAAAUUGAGGCAUGCUGGGAGCAUUCCCACGCCCCUCCCAGGAAAUGUCCUUUGUCCAGCCGAACAGGAAGCCCCAGUGAGGAGCCAGCCCGCGGCGGCCGCUGCAGCCGCAGCACAAGGGCAGGAUCGCCGCCGGGGCUGCCGGCACGGACGGGCUGCUGAGCCUGAGCCUCCUCCUCCCCGCCUCCUUCUUCCGCCGCUUUCCGCGCAGCUUCUGAAAAAGAUUCUCAUCUCCCAGAAAGUAGACUUGCUGCAAGCAUUAGCAAAUCCAAGGAAUCACUCUUUGUUUCUAAAAGUGGCGGACACAGGAAUCUCUGGUCAAUUCCUGGCCUGGUUUUCCCGGAUGGAACAAGAGGAAGAACUGGGUGUGUCUGGACUUCAAGACUCAGGGGACAGGGGGAUGGGCUCAGAUAUCGAGGACUCGGAGGAGAGGGGGAUGGGUUCAGACCUGCAGUUCAUGGAUGAGAGAGAGGACGACUCCGAGGAGAGGGAGGUGGGCUCGGACCUGCUGGACAAGAAAUACAGAGAGGAGAACUCAGAGGAGAGGGAGAUGGUGACAGACAUCUACACAGAUGACAGGCUCCUCAGUGAGGAAGAAGAGGCAGCUCUCCGGGAAGAAAAUGAAGAUGACGUGGAAGACCCGGAGGUGGUGGAGAUGGGGAUGUUCUCGGGCUUGUCCGAGUCGGAGAGCAUCCCCCAGAGUCCUCAGGAGGAGGAGGAAGAGGAGGAGACCACGAGCCUGCCCUGGAGGAGACGCCUGUCCCUGGGGAAGUGCCCGCGGGGGAGCAAGUCGGGCCAGCGGCGCUUCCAUCAUCUCCCUCAUCCCAUGGCCGUGGACUUCGGGGAACUCAACAGUUUGAUGGCCAGCAUCAUGGAAGCCCCCACCAUCUGCUCGGACUGUGGUGAAAGCUUCAGCCCCGGGACAGCCUUCCUUCAGCACCAGCGUAUGCACCGCCUGGCUCAGGCUGCUGCCGGGGUCCCGCCUUACGGCUUUACCACAGAAUGCGGGGGCGUGGUGGGCAUGGUGGGGCUAGGCGGGGCGGGGCCCUUGGCUUCCGUGUUGCCCAGGACCCCAGGGGAGAAGCCCUACCGGUGCGGGGAGUGUGGGAAGGGGUUCAGCCGCAACACGUAUCUGACCAACCACCUCCGCCUGCACACGGGCGAGCGCCCCAACCUGUGCUCCGACUGCGGCAAGAGCUUCAGCUGGCGCGCAGACCUACUCAAACACCGCCGCCUACACACCGGGGAGAAGCCCUACUCGUGCCCCGAGUGCGGGGAGGCCUUCAGCCUCAGCUCGCACCUGCUGAGCCACCGGCGGGCGCAUGCCGCCGCCAGCGGGGCCGGGGCUGCGGCGCUGAGGCCCUUCGCCUGCGGGGAGUGCGGGAAGGGCUUCAUGCGGCGCUCGCACCUGGCCAACCACCAGCGCAUCCAUACGGGCGAGAAGCCGCACGCCUGCGGGGACUGCGGCAAGCGCUUCAGCUGGCGCUCGGACCUGGUGAAGCACCAGCGCGUGCACACGGGCGAGAAGCCCUACAUGUGCUCCGAGUGCGGCGAGACCUUCAGCGUCAGCUCCCACCUCUUCACGCACAAGCGCACGCAUUCGGGCGAGCGCCCCUACGUGUGCGGCGAGUGCGGCAAGGGCUUCGGCCGGAACUCGCACCUGGUCAACCACCUCCGCGUGCACACGGGGGAGAAGCCCUUUGGCUGCGCGGACUGCGAGAAGCGCUUCAGCGACUUCUCCACCCUGACGCAGCACCAGCGCACACACACUGGCGAGAAGCCAUACGCAUGCGUCGAGUGCGGCAAGAGCUUCAUUCAAAGCUCCCACCUCAUCCGCCACCGCCGCAUCCACACCGGGGACAAGCCUCACAAGUGCGGGGGCUGCGGCAAGGGCUUCCGCUACAAAACCCACCUGGCCCAGCACCAGAAGCUGCACCUGUGCUAGAGCUGUCCUGGGGGGCUCAGGUGGGGCGGGGACUUCGGGGCGUUCUGAGGAAAAGCGGAGGCUCUCCUGCGGACUUGGGGGAGAAGUACUGGGAGACUUUUCCAAGUAGUGUUAUACGAUUUCAGCGUGGAGGUUUGUCAUCGCCGAUUUUCCUUCCUCUCAGACAGGAAUCGAGCCCUUUAUUAAAUAGGACCUUUACACUUGGCCAUAUAAGGGUCACCGAGAGGCAGGAGAGAGCCAUGGGGAGGAAAGAGAUCAACAUUAUAGGGAGGCUGGCUUAGGGUCUUAACUGAUGCUCUAAUUAGUGGUCCAUCCCCUGCCCUCCCUGCAGCCACAAAUCCUCCCCUUAAAUGUUCGUUUCCUUUUGAGCCAAGGAAAGUGAAGUGACCCCUCAGGACUGAGAGAGAAUGUAUUUUCUCUGCCCAUCCCGUUUUCUCUGGGACCUUUUUAGCUGCUAUUUUAAGGCUACCAGAGAAACUGGGGUGAAAAUCAUCCUAUUUCAGGGGAGAACUGCCCAGUGAAGGAACCGCUUCAUUACUUGCCAUCUGCUUCCACAGACCCUGGGCGGCCAGUUUUCUGGGAUGCUCACCCUGUCCUUUUCAGAAGUCCUCCCCUCUCUCCCAUGUACCAAAAAUCCCAUCUUCUGACUUGAAAUUUGAGUACUAGGUCCAAGAUUCGUGGUAGACCGCACAUUUUUGACUUGGAAUGGAAAGGAACUGGCUCUGGUCUGGAACUUUGGGGUGACUUCCCCUCGGUUCAGUGUUAUACUUGCAUUCCCCUAGAAAUCUCAGUUAAUCUUUGCAUUGGAAAUCCCAAUGGCAUUUUCCAUUAACUUUGCGGGCCUCUUCUGAGGAUUCCAGGAGAGCAGAUAGAUAAACUGAGUCAUUGUCCUUUGGUUCCUGUGGCAUUUUGCUUCUCAUUUCCUGCCUUCCUCACUUAGGUGGUGAAGGAGAAACCCUGGGCUUCCGCCUCUCCAUAAUCCUUCUUUCUUCUAUGGAGGGCACAGAAGAAAUAUGGAAAAUGAUUGAUAAAAGACUUUGUUUAUGGUACUCACAGUGGACAGUGGUUGAGGAAAGUAUAAAUGCAGACACCUAGCACCACCAAUUCUGUAUUGGUAGGUGCUAAUAAGAAUGCCAAAUAGCACUUUCCUACUUAGAAAGGUGCAUUAUCAUUUUUAUUAUUAUAGCCAUUCAUCACAUUGCUUGUGAGAUCCAUCAGGACCCCCACUAAAGCAUCAGAAACUGGCCCCAGGAGAGGCUUGGGAGUGUCAAAUAGAUUUAAUCUGGCCUCUGUGCUUUCUUUACAUUUUGGUUGCUAGGACAAUUAAUCACUGCCUAUUUUAAGGGUUUUUUUUCUAAAUUCCUACUUGUUUGGAAAAUUCUAGGGCUAUUCUAGGAAGGACCAAGGAUGGUAUUCCUUAUUGACAAGACUGGCCUGUUAGAUGAUUGUGGAUCAGGGGUGCUGAGCUAGAUUCCACCCUUCUUCCUCUCUCCCUCAGAGGAGCCUUUAGAAUCAGAACAAGUGAGAAACAGAGUAGGGUGCUGUAGUGAGAUUUCUUCAUUAGUGAUGGCCACCCUAUGUCUACCACAGAUUCUUUAUGUUUGGGAAUUCCAACCUGGAAGAAGGAAGCUCUAAGACUUAUCGCAGUCAACAGUCUCAGAGAUGAUUGUCUAGGAUUUCCUUGGAAUUAAUGUGGGUGGUUCUAUCCUGGAAGAAUUUGGAGGGAACCAUAGGGGGAAAAGGCAUAUCUAUAAUGCCACCAAAAAAAAAAUACCAUCCACUUAAAAAGCAUUUGAUUAUUAAUCGAAUUCUGGUGUGUUGCACAUGCCCUGAUGACUUUGUACCACUUAGGUCUCAUAGACGUAAAUGAAUGUUUGAAUUAUGCAUGUAGUUUUGGAAGGCAUUUUUAAAAAAUAAAACAUGCUAGGGGUAAUAAAAGCAAAACAGGUAUCCAGUAAUUAUCUUGACCUGGUCUAAAGCUCAACAUUUAGCUUUAAGGGGGGGGAGGGAUUUUAUUUUAUGGAAUUUCAUUUAUAGAUUCCUCCCAGCCACAUUGUCCAUUCCUAUUUAAUAACAGCACCUCUUAAUCAUAGGCCAUUUCUUCAGGUUGGAAAUUAAACCAGUCUUUUGCUCCUCUGCAUUAUAGCAUUUUAUAGCAUUAAUAUCUGUUUUAAAAGAGGCGAUAAAGAGAUCCACUUUGGUCAUCCCCUUCCCCAGUAAUUUUUUUAUGGGAGUUUUGGGAGAAGGAAUAAAGAAAUUGGAACUACAUCAUUGAAAUAAGUUGGGGGGAGGGAGGUUUUUUGGAGGGAUCUCAUUUACCUAUACUUCUAAUCUUAUUCCUACAGAAAGAGUCAGCUGCACUUGAAUACUGUUUUACCCUUAUUUAAACAAAUCAUCUUGACCAAAAGGGGUGCACAGGAGAUGAGGCAGGGCACAAAGGUGUGAUAACUUAAAAUUUGUUCAGAUAGGCUUCUCUCCUGAUUAACUCUGUUUUAUGAUUAAUGGAAUCUUUUAGGAACAUAUCUACACUAGCAUAUGCCUAUAUUUGGGCCUCCCAAAGUUUUUGCUUUUAUGUCUUUAGUUUUCUUCUAGAAUGUUCUUGAGCACACCCUCUCUGUGGGCACCCUGAAAGUGUUUAGAAGCGUUACAAAAUAAUUACUAUUCAUGCAUCCAUUUAUCACCACAGAGAGUCAAAUUUUGUAUCAUUUGGAUUCCUUAGGAGUUUAGUCAAGUAGUUUUAACUGAGAUUAAGUGGGUUUUCAAAGCUUGUGCAUGGAUUUGGAAACAAGAUGAGAAUUUCUGCCAGUACUCUAGGCCCGGAGCUGUUGCAUAGCUCCCCCGUGGUAUCUCUCCAGCUUCAUAAGAGGCUAUGCAUGUGUCAUAAUUUCUUUUUUAGACAAUCUGAACUGUUGUUUUUGAACUUGUGCACAUUUGAAUGCAGUGUAAUUUGUGAAAAACGUUAAUUUAAAGAUCUUUAGGAUAACAAGUUUUGUGUUGGGUGGGGUGGGGGUGGGCAUGGAAUUUCUUUGCUAUUUUCAAGUUGUUUUUAUUUAACAAUGGUUUUCUGGACAAUGUUCUGGUAUCUGGCUACCAGUAUAAUAUGUUGUUCAUUAAAUUCAUAAGAUGUCAAUCCCAA